AUGACAUCUCGUCAAGUGGUCAAGUUCUAUCAUUAUGAGGCCCAACGGGAAGCCACCCAAUAUUCAAUCUGCAGACAGCUACGACGUAUGACGAUAUCAGCCGUUAGAUCAGCUUUAGUUGAUAUCAACACUUCACUUUUGACUGACUCCCAACUGAGUUUAGUGGAAGCUACAUAUUGUCGAUAUCCAGGAAAACUCUUCUCUGAUCAUCCAGAACUCUCUGAUAGUUUACCAUUUGGCGUUAUACUGACAACCAACGAGCAAUCCAGGCCAAGAAAUUCUCCUGAAGGUCUGUAUGCUCCUUCAGUCUCACAGACAGAAACAGAGGGAUGUCUGAAGGCAAUGAUCGUGGAACGUUUCAGUGCAAUUGUUAAUAAUGGUGAUUCUAAUGAACCUACAGGGCUGCAGUUACCUAUAGGGAAAACUUGGGUGUCAAUGUUUGAUAGUGAUAGUGAUAGGAUGGGUUGGGUAUUUAACCAGCGACCGGCGGUAUGCAGUAACCGCCGGUUAAUAGGCCUUUUAGCACAGUGGUUUAGACCGCUGCCUCUGAAGGGCACUGUUAUAUCGUCCCAAUGCUGGUUAGUUGGUCUCGUGACACUUGUGGAAGCUGAAUAUUGUCAAAACCCGGGAACACUCUACUCCGACAAUCCUGAUCUCUCUGAUAGUUUAGCAUUUGGUGUAAUACUAACAUCCAAGUUAGAAACCGUCCCGGAAAACCGUCCCCGAGGUCUAUUCGCAGCUUCAGGAUCACAAAGCAUAACAAAGGAGAAAUUGACAGGUUUGAUGGUGGAACAUUUCAAAGCGGCCAGUGAAUACGAUAUAUCUACCACACCAACAGAAUCAAAUUUACCUAUAGGGAAAACUUGGGUGUCAGUUAUUAGAUCUACUGUUUGGUGGGUCGUUUAUAGUAAAGAUAACCUGUCAUUGGAGUUUGGACAAAGGUGA